UAAACACAAUAGUAGCUGUCUAGUACUCUCAGUUUCUCAUUGAUCAUCCAAUCGUUUAUACUUUGAUUUCAAUAUAAACAAGCUAGCUAAGUUUGAAAAUGUACCAGAAGUCCUCCAUUUCCGUUAUGUUUCUGGCCAUGCUUGCCUUGGCUACCACCUUCCCCAGCUCGGUGCAAAGCCAAAGCACCCGAGUUGGAUUCUAUUCCAGUUCAUGUCCUAAGGCAGAGUCCAUUGUCACACAAACAGUUCAGAAGCAUUUCACAUCCACUCCUUCCAUUGCUCCUGGCUUAUUGAGGAUGCACUUUCAUGACUGCUUUGUCCAAGGUUGUGACGCUUCUGUCCUCCUCAACGGCGCAAACACUGAAAAAACCGCUGGCCCGAACCUCGGAUUGAGAGGUUGGGAAGUCAUUGACGAUGCAAAGACUCAGCUUGAAGCCGCAUGCCCUGGUGUUGUUUCCUGUGCAGACAUUCUCGCCCUAGCAGCUCGCGAUUCUGUCGUCUUGACAAAGGGAAUUAACUGGAAGGUACCUACCGGAAGGUUAGACGGACGAGUAUCAUUGGCAUCUGAGACUAACAAUCUGCCUGGCUUUAGAGAUUCUGUUGAUGUACAAAAGACCAAGUUUCAAACUUUUGGUCUCAACACUCAAGAUCUUGUCACGCUUGUUGGUGGACACACUAUUGGCACUUCAGCUUGCCAGUUCUUCAGGUACAGGCUUUACAACUUCACUACAAUUGGAAACGGCGCAGACCCUACCAUCAAUCCUUCAUUUGUUCCUCAACUACGAGCACUUUGCCCCCAAGCUGGUGAUGCAGCCAAGCGUGUCGAUUUGGACACCGGCAGCGCAACUCGAUUUGAUGCAACAUUCUUUACAAACUUAAAGAACGGCCGCGGGAUACUCGAGUCUGAUCAAAAGUUAUGGACUGAUGCCUCCACAAAAAGCCUUGUCCAACGGUUCUUGGGUGUGAGAGGUUUGCGGGCAUUGAACUUCAACGUAGAGUUCGGAAGAUCCAUGGUGAAGAUGAGUACUAUCGGUGUAAAGUCUGCAACAAAUGGUGAAAUUCGCCGCAUUUGUUCUGCAAUUAACUAACUGAUGAAGAUCAGAAGCACUCAAAAGGAAGUCGAAUGACAACUUGAUUUGUUUUAUGCAUUUGUUGGCACAACUAAGCCUCUUUUUCCUUCUUUAAUUAAUCUCUUCCGCAAUUUUUUGAUUCCUAAGGAACAAAAUUACCUUGAGCUCUUUCAUUUGUGUAAGCUAGCUAAUUAAUAAAUCAA